AUGGGGUUAUUAGCGCAGGCUGUCCAUGUUGUUCCCCACCUCUGGAUCCCUAAAGGUGCCCGUCCCGCUCCAGCUCGGGUGCCUCCCCUCUCACCCCGGCACCUCUGCACCGCUGCAGCGUCACACUCUCCUCCCCAGGGGGCGCUCCCGAAACCCCCCUCCCCUUCAGUGGGGGAAGGGACCCUGUCAUGCUCGACUAACUGA